GUCAGGUGGCUCGUUAUGGCUAUGAGUAGGAGAAAGAGCGCUUUCUACAAGCUGGUCAGGUGGCUCGUUUCGUUUUGGUUGUUUGUGAUGGCCUACGAAGUCAUUGGUGGGAUGGGGUCCAUUUCGCUCGUCGCCUUAGGGUUCAUGUUCACCACUAAUGCUGUCGAUUCCACCAUGAGCAGAGUCACUACAUUUAGAAGCAACAGUUUCCGCAGGCUGCCCGUCAGUGCGUUUUUCACCAGGGCCAUUUUGACACGAUUGAAGACUUUUGUUGCUAUAGGUCUCAUUGUUGCCAUGAUUCUUGGCUCAUUGUCUGGCAUCAUCUUCUUCUCCUACAAGAUUGGGUUGGAGGGGAAGGAUGCUGUCUUUGCUCUCAAGUCCCACGUCGAACAAAGUAAUUACGCUGAGAAGAUUGGUGUCAAGAAAUGGAUGGAUGAGAAUGAUGUGCCCGGAAUGGUGGAUAUGUAUUCCACCAAGCUUUACGAGACUGUAUCUGAUCAGAUUGAUUCUUUGGCUAUGCAGUAUAACAUGACUGAAUUUGUUGUUGGGAUCAAACAGUUUGUGAUCACGCCCUCUGGGAACACUUCCUCCAAGUCCACUGCUUUGAUGACUCCUUCCCCUUAUGCUGAGAGGUUCUUGAGCCUCAAAAACAGAGUGAGGGAGCGCCACUGGAGCCAGAUAUACGCUGAAGUGGACGCCCUUUUUAGGGAAGUUGUGAUCACGCGGGAGGAUUUGGUGGAGAAGGCCAAGGGGUUUGCUUCUCAGGGGAUGAAUGUGAUGCAGAGUGUGUUGGUGAGUAGUAGAUCGGUCCUAGGUGGAAGCGCUAAGCUCGUGUUCUUGGUUGGGAGCUCCAUUCUCUCUGGUGCUGCAGGGCUGCUCAAUUUUGUUUCACAAUCGAUGGUCUUCUUUUGGGUGUUGUACUAUCUCAUCACAUCAGAGUCUGGUGGAGUUACAGAACAAGUGAUGUAUAUGUUUCCCAUUACGCCUUCUGCAAGAGACCGGUGUGUUGAAGUGCUGAAUAAGGCCAUCUCGGGGGUUCUGUUAGCAACCGUUGAGAUUGCCUUCUAUCAGGGUUGCAUGACUUGGCUUCUCUUCAGAUUAUUCUCAAUACACUUUCUCUACAUGUCAACUGUGAUGGCGUUUGUGAGCUGCUUGUUACCUCUGUUUCCCCCUUGGAUUUCAACAAUCCCAGCGACGCUGCAGUUAGUGCUUGAGGGCAGAUAUUUAUUGGCAAUCACUUUGUCCAUCAUUCAUCUUGCGCUUAUGGAUUAUGGAACUACAGAGAUACAGGAGGAUAUUCCUGGUUAUAGUGCGUAUCUUACGGGUCUCAGCAUCAUCGGUGGGAUGACAUUGUUCUCCUCUGCCUUAGAGGGAGCAAUAAUGGGGCCACUGAUCACAACAGUUGUAAUUGCUCUGAAAAAUUUGUAUGUUGAGUUUGUAUUGGAAGGACAGAAGGAGGAAAGUAAAUAGGAAAUGAUGUUUGGAAUGUUUAUCAACUCUGUAAUGGGGUUGAUGUUUGGCUUGUGCGCACAACUCUGCAGAUACCACACCACCAUGAAGAUGCCUCGCGCAACCACAUUUGACGUCAUUGUUCAUGUUAUAGCUGUGUGAGUAAUACAUACCAUGUGUCCAAAAUUGUGUUAUCAUAUCUUCUUUGUUGAUUGAUAUUUUUUCUUCAA